AUGACGUUUGAAAACUUUCAAAAUAUCUACGAAAAAACAAUUGAUCUGAGCUCGAUUAAGACUUGUUGGAUGUUUGAUGGAACAAUUCAUGAAGCAGAGAAAGAUUACCCGGAUAGAGGAUACACUUGCACGGUUAAGAUUCCUGGAUGGGUUGCGGACGAAAAAGAGGCAAAAGAUUAUUGCAAUAGUAAAUUACCGUUUUACAUCACUGGACAUCGACCAGGCGGAGCUUCAACUAGAUGUACAUUCCUGGUUACGGUUGCAUGUGAACCCGAUUAUUGGCAAAUUCUCGGGAAAUGCUACAAAGUGUAUGAUGGAAAGUUCACGUAUAAAGAAGCUGAAGACACUUGUUCGAAGCAAUCAGUCGGACCUGAAUUGUCUCCAAAAGUAGCAAAUUUCUUUGCGAGAAAUAUGCAUCUGUUUCUAAUGGAGAUUGAAAACAUCCGAAAAGCCUGGGUGUCAGUGCCAAAUCUUGAAGAUUAUUACGAAAAUGGGAAAGGCCACGCAGCUGUCUAUGUACAAGAUGCAGCGUACAGGCACGAUGAACGUGUUGGUUCCAUCAUGAUGUUUGAUCAAAAUUCGGAGCAUCAAGUGAUAUGUGAGUACACUCCACCGAUGACCAUGGCUGAGAUGUACUAUUUGGCACAUCGAUACUCUGAAAUUUAUCCGAUACAUGUGUACAAACAUGGUGCUAUCAUUCCAACGCAAAGUUAUUACACAAUCACUCAAUUGCAAGGAAAAGAAAUGUACAAUACUCAAGAACUGAAGGAUGCAUGUAAGGGAGUUGGAAACAUUCUUAAUGUGGAAAGUUUCCCCAUCACGGCAAUUGAGCAAGAGUUCGAGGAUGUUAAGCCUUAUUUGAAAGAUCACCAAUUUUCACUUGUGGAUGCUUAUAAAAAUGAUGGUUGCUCGAGUGGAGACUAUUUGACAGAGGGUAAACAAGUAUAUCUUGGUGGAACUGCAAAGACUGGGCACUGCGAUGCUCACAGCUGCAUUGUAAAAUUUUAA